AUGCUGCUGCUGUCCCUCCUCCUGUUCCACACCCAGGUCUGGCCCAUGCACAGCACGAAUGGCAGCUGUGAUGCAGUUUGUGGGCGCCGCCCCCUGAUGUCUGGCUACGGCGGGAUGCGGAUCGUGGGUGGCGUAGAUGCUCUGCCAGGGGCCUGGCCCUGGCUCGUCAGCAUCCAGAUCCCCACCCAAAUGGGCCCCCGGCAUUCAUGUGGUGGGUCCCUCAUCAGCACUCGCUGGGUCCUCACAGCAGCUCACUGCUUCAAAGCCAAGAGAAGGCUGCUCCCACAGUGGCGUGUUGUGAUCGGUGCAUCCCAGCUCUCCCAGCGUGGCCCUGAGGCCCAGGUGCGCUCCAUCAAACAGGUGGUGCAGCACGAGCACUACGAGCCGCGCACGGAGAGUAAUGACGUUGCUCUGCUGGAGCUCGACCAGCCCAUUGCGUGCAAUGACUACGCACAGCCCGCCUGCCUGCCCGAUGCCAUGGUGGAGGUGUCGAACCUGUCCCACUGCUACAUCAGCGGCUGGGGAGUCACGCAGGAGACAUCCCAGGAAACAGCCGACAUCCUGCAGGAAGCCAAGGUGCAUCUCCUUGAUAUCACGACCUGUAACAGCAGCCGCUGGUACAACGGGGCCAUCGCCAGCAACAACCUAUGUGCAGGGUACGAGCAAGGAGGCAUCGACAGCUGCCAGGGCGACAGUGGUGGCCCCCUCAUGUGCACAGAGGAAAGGUCAAAGCGCUUCUGGGUUAUUGGAGUCACCAGCUGGGGGCUGGGCUGCGCCAAGGCACAGAGGCCAGGGGUCUACAGCUCCACUCAGCACUUUCAUGACUGGAUCUUGGGGAAAAGGACUCUGUACCAGCAUGCAGCUCCCAUCCUGCCCGUUGUCCUUGUGGAUGGAGACUGA